UCUCUUAUUUUCCCCAAACAAACAGGAUUUUAUUGGAAUAGUUUAAAUGUCAUAUUAGGUUUCAUGGAAGUUCAUCCCAUUCUAGAUGACCUAGACAACAUCAAGCCAAACCUAUGGUACGUGCUGUCACCUAGUGGUGAAAGUCCAAGUGUAAGAGUUGGACAUACGUGCACAUAUUAUUUUGGCCUGAAAAGUAAAGACGCUCAGUCACAGAGGCCGAGGAAGGGAAAUGUAUUGAUCGUUGGCGGUGCAAAUCCUGAUGGCCCUUUUGAUGAAGUCUAUAUCUUAGAACUAAAUACAAUAAAAUGGAACAAGACAGAAUGGAAGGGUUUAUUUGCCCGAUAUGAGCAUUCUGCCUUCAUUCCAGCCUCAUCCCCCAGCAGUGUUCUAGUAUUUGGWGGUGCAUGUCAGUCACAGAAUCUCAAUGAUAUUCAAAGUUUAAACACAGAUAAUGGGACAUGGUAUAAAUUGGAGGCAAAUGGAGAAGCUCCAGCAAGCAGGACAUGUCAUUCCAUGGCAUCCAUUGGAGAUAGCUUGUAUGUGUUUGGUGGGGGACGUACAGGCCCAGAUCCUGUGCAGGAKGAUUCAAUGCAUGUCUUUGAUGCAGUAACCACAACGUGGAACAAGCUAGAAACCUGUGGUGAUAAACCUUCUUGUAGACAUGGACAUGUCAUGGUUGCCAUAGGAACCAAUAUUUAUUUACAUGGUGGAAUGGCUGGAACUAGUGUUUUUGAUGACUUGUAUCAGUUUAAUACAGUUACCAAUGCAUGGAUCAGACUAUCACCAACAGGAGAUGUACCAGAAGCAAGAACAGCACAUGCAGGAACAGCUGUUGACAAAAACUUGUUUGUUUUUGGUGGGAUGAGUGGAAUUGGUUCUGCUUUGGAUGACUUUUAUAUGCUAAACACAGUAACUGUAAAGUGGAAUAAGAUAAAAAUAGAUGCCAUUCCUCCUAAUCCUCGUCUGGACCAUGCUAUGUGUACAGUGACAUUCCAGCCAAUGCAAGAAGAAAAACCAGAAGCAAAUGAUGCAGAAAAGGAUAAAACACAUCAGUUAGUGUUUAUAUUUGGAGGAAUGGAUACAAGGGGAGAAAUAUUGAAUGACUGUUUCGUGUUCCUUCCAGGUCCAGUAGAAUAAUAAAGUAUUAUAAACUAUUAUACAAUCUGUGGUAGGUAAUUGCUCUUAAAUUACAUUUUAUUUAGCAACCAACUUUUGAUGUUAACCUUUUCAGUUCUUUAUCAAUAAUUCUUUUUGUAACAUAAAAAUGAGUUGAUUUUUGAAAAUAAAUAAAGGGGAUCAAGUA